GCGUAACACUCUAUCUGUGUCCCUCUCCAUUUUCCUUUUUUUUUUCAAUAAUUUUUUUUCUUUGUUUUAAAAUUUGAGUAGCAGCUACUCUUACUCUUCUUCCUACUCCUUUUUCACUGUAUAAAUAUAUUUAAGCAAUCCAAGAAAUUGAAACAAAAAAGGGUAGGUAGAGGUCAAAAUUCAGAGCAGAAGGCCAAAAAAAAAAAAAAAAAGAAACAGAAAUCUAUAGAUCAGGGAGGGUCUCGAGUAGGACACGUUCGUCAUUUCCCUCUUUCUGUUUCUCUAAGAUCCCAUUUUCUUUCACUAUUUCAAAGCUCUAAAAACACUGCCUGCUUUGUUGUUGCGGACGAGGAGUUGGACUAGAGGAAUCAGAGGCUUUCCUUUUUCGUUUUAUUUGGAUUAGAAUCUUUUUUUUUUUUUUUUUGUGGGUAGUUUUGAGAGUGGAAUUGGAGAAAACCCAAACAAAAAUGGAGAGGAGCACUCCAGUUAGGAAACCACACACUUCCACAGCAGAUCUGCUCACUUGGUCUGAGACUCCUCACCCUGAUUCCGCCGCCUCCGUCGCUCGCUCCACCCGCCCUCACCAGCCGUCGGAUGGGAUCAGAAAAGUGGUGUUUGGAGGUCAAGUGACCGAUGAAGAAUUUGAAAGCUUAAACAAACGGAAACCUUGUUCUGGAUAUAAAAUGAAGGAGAUGACUGGUAGUGGCAUUCUUGCAGCCAAUGGAGAAAAUGACGAGUUAGAACUAAGCAGUGCCAAUCCCAUUCCAAACAACAAAACAGGAUUACGAAUGUACCAGCAAGCACUAGCUGGAAUAAAUCACAUCUCAUUUGCUGAGGAAGAGUGUAUUUCUCCCAAAAAGCCAACUACUCUUCCAGAAGUGGCGAAGCAACGUGAACUAAGUGGAACACUUGAAAGUGAAGAUGCAAAGUUGAAGAAGCAGCUCUCUGAUGCAAAGUGCAAAGAGCUUAGUGGACAUGACAUCUUUGUGUCUCCACCUGAAAUUUUGUCGAGGCCAACAACUGUACGUGCAUUGGCAUUGAAGGACAAUUUUGACAUGAGAGAACCUGAUACACAUAAUCCUGGAAGUAGCAUGUCAAGUGAGGAGGCCGUGGUUAAGACAGCAAAGAAAAUUUAUAAUCAGAAAUUCGUUGAGCUUUCAGGAAAUGACAUAUUUAAGGGUGAUUUUCCUCCAGGUUCUGCUGAGAAACCACUUAGUGUAGUAAAAAUGCGGGAGAUGAGUGGCAGCAACAUCUUUGCUGAUGGGAAGGUAGAGUCUCGAGAUUACUUUGGUGGUGUACGCAAACCCCCUGGUGGCGAAAGCAGCAUUGCUUUGGUUUAAUUUCUUAGGUCUAACUCUGUCAUUUUGCUCCGCUGUGUCCUGCUGCUUUCGGUUAUCUUUAGUGGUGAUGUUAUUAUAUUAUUUGACCUUUUAAUUGUGGGUUUUCGGAAUUAUGUUUUAGGUUUUAACACGUCAACUUGAGCUAUUGUCC